GCGUCGGUUUGUUUUCGCAGCCAUUUUGUGUUGCAUUACUGGGAAAAAAAAAUCAGUGCCGGAGCUAUAGGGAGAGGCGGAGGCACCGGGCUGUCACAGCUCUUCUCCUUUUUGGUGCCGACAGCUGUGCAGAGCUGUCCCUCCCGGGCCUACCCCGAAGGCUCGGGACACGUUAGGGGGCUGCGGGUCCCGGCACGGAAUUUGAGAGUCUUGCGGCUGCGCAGAGCCCUGGCCUCGGCCUCCUCUGCAGAGCUCUGGGCUCGCAUGAUGUGUGUCCGUCUGAAGAGAAGUAGCCGCUGCGCCUGAGGUGGCAGCAGUACAGGAUGCAAAUCCUCCUCCUCUUUCUGUCUGGCUGCCCCUUUUGCCUUUGUCCCCACUGAGGCAAGCAUGUCAAGCCAGCACAGCCACGCUCCUUUCUCUAGUCUUCAAUCAAUGGCUGAUCAUCAGCAGGUCCUGCCAGAUAUGACCAUUUUGCAGAGGCGGAUUCCAUUAACCUUCAGAGAUUCGGCAGCUGCACCAUUAAGGAAGCUUUCAGUCGAUUUAAUAAAAACAUACAAGCACAUUAAUGAGGUGUAUUAUGCAAAGAAGAAACGCCGAGCUCAACAAGUGCCCCCUGAAGAUUCUAGUACAAAGAAAGAGAGAAAGGUGUUCAAUGAUGGUUUUGAUGAUGACAACUAUGACUACAUUGUGAAAAAUGGGGAAAAGUGGAUGGAUCGAUAUGAAAUAGACUCUCUCAUUGGGAAAGGUUCCUUUGGGCAGGACUACAAGGUUCCAGGGACUCGUAGAUUACAUGAAGUUCUUGGUGUGGAAACUGGAGGACCUGGGGGUCGAAGAGCCGGAGAGCAGGGUCACUCACCAUCAGAUUACCUGAAAUUUAAAGAUCUAAUACUUAGGAUGUUGGAUUAUGACCCCAAGACUAGAAUUACCCCUUUCUAUGCUCUUCAGCACAAUUUCUUCAAGAAAACAACUGAUGAAGGGACAAAUACAAGUAAUAGCAAUUCAACAAGCCCUGCAAUGGACCAUAGUCACUCAACCAGUACGACCAGUUCUGUAUCCAGCUCAGGUGGAUCUAGUGGCUCUUCUAAUGAUAAUCGUAAUUACCGGUACAGCAACAGAUAUUACAACAGUGCUGUAGCCCACACAGAUUAUGAGAUGCAAAGUCCACAGGCUCAUUCUCAACAGCAAAUAAGACUGUGGGCUAGUGGAGAUGUUCCAAUCACAAACAGUGAUUCCUACCCUCAGAUCUUACCUCACAAACCGACUCCCAGUCAACCGCAGCAUUUUCAUGGAAAUGAGCCACAUCACCCUCACCCGCUGUAUCAUCACGUAAACAGGCCUCACUAUCAUCGGCAGCUCAUCACCUCCUCCUCUCCACAAAUCCCAGAGUCCAUGGAGCUCAGCUUGGGACACAGACAUCCCCAGUCUUCCUCUUCAUUGCACCCACAUCACCCUAGCUUAGACUGCACUCCUUUUGGCUCCUCAAACUUACAUUUAGGGGUUUCUGCUUUUCGGACUAGAACAGUCAGUGGGCAUAAUGAUUCAGGUGUGCCUCUGAAUUAUCCCUACUCUAGCAACACAUCCAGCAUGGUUGGACCACCUCAUAUCCGAAACAGGACGGAAACUGACGAGAGUGCUAUGUUAGGAGUUUGUGUCCCUCAGAGUACAGCAGCAAGCUCUUGAUGAUUCUUUAAUGUAAAAUUAAAGCCAUACCAAUAAUAGAAAUACUGAAUUCAAAGGAGGGCUGGCAGGCUGAAGGGUGGGGUUGUGGAAAAGGGUGAGCUGGCUUUUAUCACAACCAUCAAAAUGUCAAGGUGUAGCUGUUAAUGUGAAUUGUUUAUUUAUUAAAAAAAAAAAAAUCACUACGAGAGGAGUGUGAAGUGUGUGUUGACCAUGAGAAGCAGUUUUUAACAGACUUCAAUGGACCUUUUUUAUUUUAUUUUUUUUAUUGCUUUUGACACACUGGUAGAAGUUAACCUGUGCAAAGACUUCAAGACAUUUCCAAUGCUUCCAUUUCUAUCAUAAUUUCCUCUUCAGAAGAAGCAGGAUAUCCAGACUUACUUUGCACGUCAGUGAACUCGUUUACAGGCCAAACAUCACUCUGCAAAACACUGUCUGUGCCAGUUGCCCUUCGCUGCCAUUUUAACAUUCAUUCAGAUUCCUGUGUUGUCCCUAACCUAAUUAUACCAACCUUGCUAGGGUGCAUAUAAUGCACUUCACUGGAAUAACCUUGGCUGCUAACUCCACUCUAUCAACUGGAAUUGCUGCUAAAACUCUUAACAAUUUGCUUUAGAAACCUAAAGGUUCCCAUGUCUUUUAUUUAUGACUUCAUACUCAGUCAGUUUUAGCUGUUUCAGGAAAGAUAUUUUUAGGAGCCAUUUUUUUUUUUUUUCUUUUUUUAAUUAUUAUUAUACAGAUUUAAUGCUGCAGAAGUUCAGUGUCUUUCUUCACCCACGUUUCUUUCCUCUUUACUUUGAGGUUGACACAAAUUACUUUGCACACUGAAUUCUGGUUUUGACACUAACUUUUUACUAUUGCAUUUUAAAUGUUUUUCUUUUCUUAAUUUUAUUUUUUUUCUGGAAUCUUAUGUUUAGUGUGCCUCAUACUGGCACAUACCCAUGGGUAAUGUAAGAUGCUAAGCCCUUGCUUCAGUAUUAAUACCAGUCACUUACAGUGCUAGGUGCUGUAAAAGUAGGGAUUUUUUUUUUCAAGGCUUUCAAAAUGUAAAGACAAACCUGUCCUUUUUUCAUAUCUCUGUGGAUAGUAACGUACUGUUUUUUUUUUUUAUUAUUAUUUUUUUUUUAAUUUAUUGUACCAAAGAUGGUAUUGAAGCAUCACUUUAAAAUAUCAGACAUGUAAAAUGAUUGUCUUUUAAAUGUUUCCUUUUCUGUUCUUACGUGUUUAAUUGGGCUUAAUUCUGAAUCAUGUGUAGUUGCUGUUGGACUCCAAGGCCUUUCACAUUCAUGUUUGUUUCAAGUAUUGUGGGUGUUUUGGAGGAUCCUAAAAAUAAAGUAAUAGACAGCUACAGAA